ACACGGGCAUGUACGCACCAUAACCCUUAACGAGCUCCCUAUUAGCGGUUAAUGAGCCAGGGCAUGCAUAUCGUUCUAUGACCUUGUGACUUUGUGUGGUGGCGAGUGUCAUCCAGACAUCACGUUCUGCCAUUCGCUUGGUAGCCUUGGUUCGGUGUGAUGCAGAGAAUAACCUUCAAAGGGCUUGCCCAACGGGUGGUACAGAAGAAUAAGGGAUCGGUUGAUGCACGGCAAUCCCGCCGCAGGUUCAACUAUCGGGGAUGGUUCGUGAAGCAGCUACAGGAUCUGUGCAAUGUGACGGCCCUCCACGGUUACAGCCAGAUCGUACGCAGUGGUUACAGUGCGAUCGAGCGUACCGUCUGGUCCUGUGCCGUCGUAGCGUCAACCAUCUGUGCCAUCACGCUGCUCAUGAUCUCGUGGUCCUGGAAUGUGGAAACACCGACCGUUACGGUGACGGAAUCGACGAACUAUCCCACCUGGAAUAUCCCGUUUCCGGCGGUGACGGUUUGUCCGCUGAACCGAAUCUCGGCCACGGCUGCACUGGCCCGUGCCACCACGAUGAAACGCCCCGAUCAGAAUCUGACGGAUGGUGAGCUGGCCGAACUUUUCCGGCUGUAUCUGCACGUGUCGGGACUGGGACAGAGUGAUCCCGUGCGGUAUCGCCGAUUGCACGAGAUACUGCAGUUGAACAAUCUGGAAAUACCGCAGCUGGUGGGGGAGUUUACGCCAUCGUGUAGCAAGAUGAUUGAGCGCUGCCUCUGGAAGGGUACCCAGUGGCGGUGCGAUAAUCUGUUUCAGCUGGUCAACAGUACUGAGGGGUUGUGCUGUUCGUUCAACUACUACGGACUGUUGAAGGAUAACUACCCGAAGAAGAUCACCGUGAGUAUUCCGAAGGAACCGAGGCGUGUGAUGGCAAGUGGCUAUCAGACGGGGCUGUCGAUGUUGUUGCAACCGUUCGUUGAAGAUUACCAUGCGACCGAUGUGGCCGCGUACGGGUUUAAGGUGAUGAUACACAGUUCGUACGAUUUCCCGGAUAACGAUGCGGAGAUAAUGUUGGUGGUCGCGGGGACGGAAUCAUUCGUUACGAUUAACCCAACGGUAACGUACGCUACCCCCGAUGCCAUGGGACUGGAUCCGGCAGUACGGAAUUGUUUUGGGCGGACCGAACAUCGGUUGACGGUGUUGCAGCGCUAUUCGUACGUUAACUGCAUGGUGGAGUGUCGUGCGGCCACGAUCUACAACAAGUGCGGUUGUCUGCCCUUUAAUCUGCCCAACAAUGGAUCGCUCAAGAACUGUGAAAUGAAGGACAUGGAGUGUGUAGUACGGGCGCGUGAUCUCUAUCUGAGCGCGAUACCGCUUAUGAAUAGUACGGUGGCACGUGUGCUGUACAGAAGAGGGAUGGAAUCACCCUGUGGAUGUUUGCCGGCCUGCGACAAGAUACAGUAUACGGCGGACAUGGUAACCGGGACCAUGAAUCGGAGCUAUUCCUACAAUGCGAUCUCGUUUUUUAAGGAUAUCGAGCUGAAAAAUCAUAGCUUGGUGCAUGUGUAUAUGGCCGGUCUAACGGCUACGCACUUUCGCAUGGACAUCUAUCAAGAUUCACUCGGGACUUUAGCAUCCUUUGGCGGUAUACUGGGACUGUUCCUGGGGUUCAGCAUCAUAACGGGAUUCGAGGUGAUCUACUUCUUCACCAUCCGUCUGCUGUUUGAUAUUUUCACCAAUAAGCCACAGCGUUAGGGCUUUGAUUGACUUCUCAUUGGCAAGAAAUUCAAUGGCGAAGGCUUUUCUAGUUAAUUCUUUUUGUUAAUGUAUUGAAUCACGAAACCGCAAUACUUUUUGCUUGUGAUGCUUUUUCCCGCCGAAUAGUGCAAGAGAAAAACGCUUCACCGAAGCGUUUUCGAGCUUUUACCUUUGCAUAUGCAAUACAAUAAUAUUUGCAUAGCUUAGGGAGCAUAGCAAGCAUACAUGGGGAAGUAUGCAAUAUGUGGAAGGUGUUACCUUUCUUCCGCAAGAAAAGUGUUGAAGUCCGCUUUUUUGGAAGACAAAAAUGGUUUAAAAAUGGCUUUUAAUCUUCAAUUUAACUUAA